GGUCUGCAGCAGGACGUCGUAGAUCAAUGAACCGGACCGGAGGGUUGGUCCAUCGCCUGGUGUGCAUCUGAUUGUGUUAUAGAUGUGUCAGUAGUGCACCUAUAAGAACCGAGGCUUUAUUCUCUCUAAACCAGCCGGUUCAUUAUGCGGAUAUUAUAGAGGCUCUUUUAUAAGCCCCCAUCCAUCGUCUCUCGGUUUUCUCCCUGGCUCUAUUUGCUUUUAGUUUUUUUAUUUAUUCUUUUUUUUUUUUUUUAAGGGGAGGGGGACCUGAAACACAUCUGUAAGCUCCGGGAUGAUUUUUGCAAACACAGGCAACCCACUGAAGACGACCAAUCGAAAGCAGCAGGUUUCCUGUGUGCAGUCCUACCCCAUGACUCCGUCCAGUCCCAGCAACAGCAGCAACAGCAGCAGCACAGGCCUGGAGCAGCUCAGCAAAACCAACCUGUACAUCCGCGGCCUGCCUCCUGCCACCACAGACCUGGAUCUGGUCAAACUCUGCCACCAGUAUGGAAAGAUUCAGUCGGCAAAGGCGAUUCUGGACAAGACGACUAACAAGUGCAAAGGUUACGGCUUUGUGGACUUCGACAGCCCAGCUGCUGCUCUAAAGGCAGUGCAUGCUCUGAAAACCAGCGGCAUUCAGGCCCAGAUGGCCAAGCAGCAGGAGCAGGACCCCACGAACCUUUACAUUUCCAACUUGCCUCUCUCGAUGGAUGAGAGGGAGCUGGAGAAGAUGCUGCAGCCCUUCGGCCAGGUCGUCUCCACUCGAAUCCUACGGGACUACAGCGGUAACAGCAGAGGCGUGGGCUUUGCCAGGAUGGACACGACGGAGCAGUGCAACGCAGUCAUCUCCCAGUUCAACGGGAAAUUCAUCAAGUUAGCUUCUGGAGCUCUGGGCCCAUCUCAACCUCUGUUAUGUAAGUUUGCGGACAGUCAAAGAAAGAAACACGCUCACAGUGGAUAUGUGCCCAAUGGACAGUCAAGCGAUCUCAGACUAGGUGCAAUGACUUUGACUUAUGACCCCUCCACAGCAGCCAUACAGAACGGGUACUAUCCCUCCCCGUAUCCAGUGACCAAUAGAAUAAUGACUGUGCAGCCUGCAAUGUCUCCGUACAUGUCUCCUGUCUCUGCUUACCAGGUUCAGAGUCAUUCUUGGGUGGCACAUCAACCAUACAUCAUGCAACACCCAGCUGCUGUGAUGUCUCCCUCUGUGGAUCCCUCCAUGUCAAUGCAUCCCACAGCUAUGAUUACUCAGCAGAUGGGCCAGCUGUCGUUGGGAAACACAGGAACGUACAUUGCUGCCAACCCAGGGGUCCAGGGAGCCUAUAUGCCUCAAUACCCCCCACUGCCGCCAGCAGCUGAAAACGGCACGCUGCAGCAAGUGGAUUCAUCCAAUAACUCGUCUCCCUACAGUCAACUCAGCAAGUAAUACACAGGCCACCUUGCAGCUCAGAGAGCCGGAGGGCAGUUGGAAAGCUGCUGAGGAUAUCGCAGGGAUGAAAGCAACCGCCUGCCCUGAUUGGACCAGAUACACAAACAUUUCUUUUGCACAGCCCCGACAUUUUUAGUGGGAAUUGAACAGAAGUGGACUUAAACAGUCGGCCAAUCAAAGGGGAAAAUCAACGAA